AAACGCGCUUCUUACUUCCAUAUGCGUUACAAAUGAGUUCACCAAAGAGACGUUGUUUCAGACAACGGGACGCAAGUGAAAGCAGUACCGAAGAUGAAAUUGUUGAGGGUGAAAAAAGUGGUGAAUCCAGUGGACUUGAAGAGUAUGAGAAAGAAGAGUUAACUCGUCAAAACGAUUUAAAGGAACGUGAUGCCUUCGUCAAACGUCUUGUUGACCGGGAUCAGCAACAAACUAAAGGGGUUUCUUCUAGGUCCACUAGUAAGCAUGAGGAAGCUUUGAGAAAAAUAACGAGUGGUGAAGUUAGUCGUGAAGAAAUGAUUGCCGAACUGCGCAAAGCAUCUAGACGAACAUAUCUACGGAAAAGACAGUCUGACAAACUUGCAGAUCUUCAAGCGGAAAUUCAAGAUGAGGAACUAUUUUUUGAAAAUGAAGAAUUAACUGAGAACGAAAAGGCCGAACUAUUAUAUAAGAAAACUAUUUUGGCGGUUGCGAAAUCCCACCAACAAGCAGGAGAACUGGAAAAUAUCUUUCGUUAUUACAUUCCCACUGAAGAAAAGCGACCAGAAGAUCACGAAGUCAAAGGAUCUGAAAGUAAAUUAAAUGAUGAAGGCAAGAGAUGGGAACAGGAACAUCUUUCCUCGGCACUUUAUUCUUUCGGUGCCAAAGACAAAGUUGAACAAGAAGUGAAAUAUGAUCUUGUUUUGGAUGAUGAGAUAGAGUUUUUAAAAACACUAACUCGACCUGGUGCCAACACUGAACAAGAAGUCAGUCCAGACGAAGAGCAAAAACGAAAAGCUACUGACAAACGUGAAGCCCUCAAGGAAGCAAAACGCUCACUCCCGAUCUAUAAAUUCCGGGAUGCUCUUUUACAAGCUAUUGCUGAUCAUCAGGUUUUAAUCAUAGAAGGUGAAACAGGUUCUGGUAAAACAACUCAAAUUCCUCAGUAUUUGUACGAAGCGGGUUAUUGUAAUGGAGGAAAACGUAUCGGAUGUACACAACCACGUCGUGUUGCUGCCAUGUCAGUAGCUGCUCGAGUUUCACAAGAAAUGUCUGUUAGACUUGGAGCUGAAGUGGGAUACAGUAUUCGUUUUGAAGAUUGUACUUCAGAGCGUACAAUAAUAAAGUACAUGACAGACGGUAUGCUUUUGCGUGAAUUUCUCACAGAACCAGAUUUGGGCAGUUAUUCAGUAAUGAUUAUAGACGAAGCACAUGAACGCACAUUACAUACAGAUAUACUGUUCGGUUUAGUAAAGGAUGUAGCUCGUUUUCGACCCGAUUUGAAACUUCUAAUUAGUUCUGCUACUUUAGAUGCAGAAAAAUUUGCUACAUUUUUUGAUGAUGCUCCCGUAUUCCGAAUUCCAGGUCGUCGUUAUCCAGUUGAUAUCUACUAUACAAAAGCUCCAGAAGCUGAUUAUAUUGAAGCUGCUAUCAUAUCUAUUCUUCAAAUACAUGUAACUCAACCUCCAGGUGAUAUUCUAGUCUUUUUAACUGGUCAAGAAGAAAUUGAGACUGCCAAUGAGUUAUUAAUGGAGCGUACAAGAAAACUUGGGAGUAAAAUUCGUGAAUUAAUAAUUCUACCUAUUUAUUCUAGUCUUCCAUCUGAUAUGCAGGCGAAAAUUUUCGCACCGACACCACCAGGUGCUCGAAAAGUUGUCUUAGCCACAAAUAUAGCUGAAACAUCACUUACAAUUGAUGGUAUUAUUUAUGUUAUUGAUACUGGAUUUUGUAAACAAAAGUUUUACAGUGCACGUUCUGGUGUUGAAUCUUUAAUAGUUGUUCCAAUAUCACAAGCUGCCGCUGAUCAAAGAGCUGGACGUGCUGGACGUGUAGCCGCAGGCAAAUGUUUUCGUCUAUACACUUCACAUGCUUACCAUACAGAAUUAGAUCCACAACCUAUUCCAGAAAUACAACGUACCAAUUUAGGCAAUGUUGUCUUAUUACUUAAAUCUCUUGGUAUUGAUGAUCUGCUACAUUUUGACUAUAUGGAUCCCCCACCACAUGAUGCUUUAAUUAUGGCAUUAGAACAAUUAUACGCCUUGGGUGCAUUAAAUCAUAAAGGUGAACUAACUAAAAUGGGUCGUCAAAUGGCUGAAUUCCCAUGUAAUCCACAAUUAUCAAAAAUGAUUUUAGCCUCAGAUAAGUAUAAAUGUUCCGGUGAUAUUAUCACUAUUGCAUCUAUGCUUUCUGUAAAUAAUGCCAUCUUCUAUAGACCGAAAGAUAAAUUAAUUCAUGCAGAUACUGCACGAAAAAGCUUUUCUCAUAUAGCCGGUGAUCAUAUUAUGCUAUUGAAUGUUUAUAAUCAGUGGGCGGAAUCGGGUAAGCCUUCAAUUCUCACAAUUUAAUAUCGAGUAAUUAAAUUAGAUUUAAUUAGUUUCAUGAAUAUAUUGCAUUCGGCGUUAUAUUACUUAUGAGAGGAAUUGAUAGACAGGUAUUAACUUAUUCUUCUUUAUUGUUUAUUAACACAAAAACUUCUAGUUCAACGGUAAUUCAUACUAAAGUCACUUUAUACCAUUAAUGACUGAUCGCUAACAGAACUGAAAUAAAAAUGUAUGUCACAUUAUUUCUCUUUUUUAUUGCUUCAUCUUUAAGGUGGGUGUCUUUGGUGUUUGAUUAAUUACUGAACUGUCGACCAGUAAUUAAUCGCCUAAAAAUCUUUUCAUCUACCUAGAUUUAAACAGUCUGCUACUGUCAGUACUACUCAUACAAUAGGUAGGAAUCAUUGUUUUAGACUAAUCUCUCCAUACAGUUACUGAGUUAGAUAUUCUUUCAUUUAUUAUUUAGUAUAUUAUACUGUUCGAUUGUACAUUUAUACUACUAAUCUUUACAAUAUCUGUUUUGGUAAAGUAACAUGUGUAUGAGUUGAACACGUUUGUUGUCCAUUAAUUAUCCUUAAUCAUAUGAAAUAAUUACUAUAGAGUAAAAAGUUAAGUUUUUUACAAAUUAUUACCUUGUCAAUAAUAAAUAUGGUCUUUUACGAACUUCAACAAUAAAUCUGAAAUUGUUGAAAUUCUUUAUUAUACACCUUACUACUUUAAAAUUAGGAAAGUAGCAUAAUGAGUAUGUCAAGUAUAAAGUGUGCCUGUCAUUUGAAGAUUUUUCUGUCAUUUCAAUUUCUGAGUAAGAAAGCAGUUACAUCCAGUCGACAUGUCCAAAAUAGGAGGAAACUCACGUUUUUCUAUCUACCAUCCACAUCUGCCUGAAAAGCUUUACAGUCUUUAUUUUUAACUAAUAGCAUGAGGAAAUCAUUCUGUAGUCAUUUGAUUGAUGAGCUGUUUUAACUGGUUUUCUGGACUCAGAAUUGCAAUCCAUUAUUUAUCUUAUAAAUUAGGAGAUUAUCACAUCAUUUUCUUCCAACUGAUCGUGUUUCCUAGACCAAAUCAUUUGUAUAUUUGAAAAAUAUGUUAUAUUUCAGUGUUUAUAUGUUGUGAAAGGCUUUCUCGUGGAUUUCUAUGUUAGCCCACCUUAUGGUUUAUUGAUAAGCAUAUUCCAUGUGUAUAUCCCAUCUCAUUAUAUUUCAGUACUAAUGUAAAGGUUUAAUGACCAGUUCGACCGUUUAAUUUACGAAUUCACGUAAUAUCUAAUCGCUCUUGUAUUUCAUCGAAAUUCAGAGCCGAUCCAAGUCCGACAACCAUUGAAAACCUGGAAGCACUGAAAGGCUGUUCCGGUCUAGUAUGGAGCUCUCCAGCAGCGCGCACCCACGACACCGCACAUGGGAACUUGACCCCAGAACUUCGGUCGUACACGCGAGCGCUUAACUCUUCUAAACUACUUACUUGGAAUGUGUUAUAUUCGAUAGUUUAUAAAUCUAACUUUUUCGUGUGGUUAAAUACUAUUACUUCAUUUUCAAUAAGGUUAAUAUAUAUAUACGGAUUAGAAAUCCAUGUAUGUUUUUGUGCUAGAUCUCAACUAUUUUAGUCAACAAUCGUUUGGAAUGAUAUGGACAAAGACGCUAAUUUUUUGAUGUAAAAAUAAAACUUUGUUAUUCCAUAAUGAAAAUAUUCAUAUUUUGGUGUUGUCGAGUUCUUUGAGCUUGAUUGCGGAAAUUUUCAUUGUCGUUAUGAACAGUAUUGUCAGCGCUUCUUUCCUAUAAAUGUUUAUUUUCAUUUGACUAUACUUAAAUGACUUUCAGUGUAGACAGAUCUUGGAUAAAAUUUUACACAUCAUCUUUGAUAAAUCAAUUGGGACUCGUUAGUAAAUGUACACAUAUUACUAUAGUUUUAAGUGAUCUCUUCUUACAUGAUAUGUCCGGCAAAUACGUGAACUGAGCUACCAAAUAUUUUUAAUGAAAUUUUGAGUAGAAAACAAGAAGUUUGUGAUAUAAUAAGGAUUUUUUGUGAAAAUAAUCUUUCGAAUAUAGUCUACUUAAAUACUGAUGUUUGUAAAAAUCAAUUUUUAUUCGCAUUUUAGAUUUUUCCUCUCAUUGGUGUUAUGAGCAGUUUAUUCAGUAUCGAACUAUGAAACGAGCCCGUGAUAUUCGUGAUCAAUUCGUAGGUUUGUUAGAUCGAGUCGAAAUCGAUUUAGUGAAUAAUCCACAUGACCAUGUGAACAUUCGAAAGGCUAUAACUGCUGGAUUUUUCUAUCAUACAGCACGAUUCACUGGUGAUGGUUAUAAAACUGUAAAACAAAAGCACACAAUUUAUCCACAUCCAAAUUCAUGUCUAUCUGAAGCAUUGCCAAAAUGGGUUAUCUAUCAUGAAUUGGUAUAUACAACCAAGGAAUUCAUGCGUCAAAUUAUUGAAAUUGAAUCAAAGUGGCUGUUGGAAGUUGCACCGCAUUAUUAUAAAGAAAAGGAAAUUGAAUAUACUACCGAAAAAGUUUCUAGAAAUAAAGGUAAAUCACGUGCCGAAUUGGAGCCAACUGAAGGUGUUUAAUGAUAAUAAAAAUAAAACAUGACAUGUACAUUUUGUGAUUUAAAGCGAGGCAGACAGACAGAUGGAGACUUAGAAUAUAUAUUUUUAGUGUUGUACAUUUCCAUUUUGACUUUAAUAUCUUGUUUUUUUUCCCAAGGAAAAAAAAUGAUUUCUGUACAGUUUUGUAUUUUAAAGUUUUAACUUAGAUUAUUCAAUUUUUUACAAAAAUGAAAUGUAAAAAUUGAUUC